AUGAUGACCGUCGUAGUCCAAAAUCCCGUGGUUCUACUACGAUACGUAGAUGGACAUACACUUAUUGGAAACAUAUUGUUGGACGAUCAAGUAAUGCCCAAAAUUCUUACCAUUAUUUUAAAUGCGCAAACGGAAAUUUGGCUCACUGGUGUGUUGGCAGCGCUGGCGUGUCGCCGCGUGUACUCGAGCGAGCAGGCGGACAACGGGACGGUGGCGUCGCCAGGCUACCCGCGGCCCUACCCGCCCGACACUCGAUGCGUCUACGAGUUCGAAGGCCGUCCCUCGCAGCGCGUGCAGCUGGACUUCUCAGAUUUCAGCCUCUACCACCCUCUGGAGCACCCCGAUGAUGCGGAUAUGCCUGAAGAAACAGGGCAUGACAGCAGAGUAGAAGCAAUCAAGGAUUUGGCUAAAACCAUCAAUACUGAUGUUGACGAUAAUGUACACAUCUCUUUCAAUGACAAUGAAAAUUGGGAUGACGUGGUUUCGGAAGAUAGCUUGGUGGACAACGAUGAAGAAAGUGACGAAGUGAUAGGUUUCAACUGCGACGACGUGGACGCGCUGGUGGCGUACGCGCGCGCGGGCGACCGCGUCCACGAGAUCGACCGCUUCUGCGGCUCCUCGGCGCUGCGUCCCAUCAUGUCGAGCGGGCCGCUGCUCACGCUGGAGUUCCGCGGCCUGCACGCCGGCCUGCACGCGCGCGGCUUCCUCGCCACCUACACCUUCGUCGAGAUGGAAAAUCAUUACGAUGCUCCAAUCACCAAAGACUUGGAUCAGUGUUCAAAAAAUUGGCAAAAUGUCAAUUACGCAGGAGGAAGAGAAAAGGCAAAGGCUGAUGAGUUAAUUACUCGUACAUGA